GAUGCAUAUUCAUUUACCUAGCUCCGCCCCAUAAAAGUAAAAUAGAAACUACCUUUCAAGAGCUUCAGUACCGUAUCAUACUGCCCGUGGUGUGAUUUUUCUCUGUUUUGUUUUCUUUUUCUUCUCAUGUGAUUGGGGGUCUUAAGUGCUGCUGUGUUUUUUUACCUUUUCUCUCUUUUCUUCUCGCUUCUGGUUUUCUUUCUUAUAUAACCCCUCUGAUAAAAAAUAAUCCAAUAGCUUGUAGGCAUUUUGAGCUCACUGUUAGCUCUCCGCCUCUCAAAUUCGUGCAAAAAUGAUCACUCUGCGACUCCCAUGCUUCUUCAGUAGCUAGCCUUCAUUUGAUCCUUACUGAGAGUGGACUGUGUACUUAUACGUAAAAGUCGUCUUCUGUUUGAUAUAUGUUUAUUUAUGGAUGGAAUGUUUCAUCGGAUUACCUUCCUUUCUGAAGCUCCACUAUAUUCUGUAUGAGGUUCUUGAUCUGGACAUAACCAACUUUACCUCGCUGUUCCUUUUCAGCUUUACUUGUUGAAAAUGGCAAGUUUCUUCUCUCUGCUAAACGGACCAGAAGAACUACUUGCACGGAGUACAUAAUCUCCAUUGACGCCGAUAACAUAUCAAGAUCAAGUGGAACAUAUAUUGGAAAGCUAAGGUAAAAUUCGUGUCAUUGUGAACUGGCUCUUAAUCUAGGGAAAGAAAGUAAUUUGAAUAUGUGAUGGUUAAUCUAUGGUGGCUUUCUAUCUAGAGGAAUAUAUUAUUAUCAUAAUCAUACCAAUGAAGGUUUUUGGUCCCUCAGCAAAUGCUUUAUAUCUUAAAACUCAUAUCAAAGCUUCGCUUCCUUUCCAGGUCAAAUUUCCUAGGCACAAGAUUCAUUAUCUACGACACUCAGCCACCCUACAAUAACGCUCAAAUCUCACCACCGGGUCGAAGCAGAAGAUUCUACUCCAAGAAAGUCUCCCCUAAGGUCCCUACAGGAAGCUACAACAUCGCGCAGAUCUCCUAUGAGCUCAAUGUGCUUGGCACCCGGGGGCCGCGCAGGAUGCACUGUACCAUGCACUCAAUCCCCACUUCAUCACUGGAAACUGGUGGUUCAGUCCCUGGUCAACCUGAGAUCCUGCUCCCUCGGUCCCUCGAGGAUUCGUUCCGAAGUGUCUCGUUGUCGUCCGAGUUCAGCAGCUCAAGGUUCUUCGAUGUUGCGGCAGGGCCACCACGAGGGGGAGGAGAUGAUGACGUGGAAGGGGAAGGGAAAGACAACUGCCCGCUGAUUCUGCGUAACAAGGCUCCAAGGUGGCACGAGCAGUUGCAAUGCUGGUGCCUGAACUUCCGUGGCCGAGUCACUGUGGCAUCAGUGAAGAAUUUCCAGCUGAUAGCUGCGAAUCAGCCAGCUGCAGGUGCGCCAACACCUUCACAGCCGCCGCCACAGUCUGAUCAUGAUAAGAUUAUUCUGCAGUUUGGUAAGGUUGGGAAGGAUAUGUUCACUAUGGAUUAUCGGUAUCCGCUGUCUGCUUUUCAAGCUUUCGCCAUAUGCUUGAGCAGCUUUGAUACUAAGCUGGCUUGUGAAUAGAGGGGGAGAUACAGAAAUUGGAAAGAAAAGGAAGAGAAUUUGAGAAAGGGGAUGGGGUUAAGUGCUAUGUCUGUUGUUGUUGGUAGGUUACUAGUGUAUUUAUGUUAAUCCAAAUGUGGUUAGGAUUCCACGAGAUGUGGGGUGUUGUAUGGGAGGGACAAGAGGUGUGGGAGGAGACGUCUUUCCUCUUCGACCAAGUUCUCUAACUUUGCAUUGUAAUGCCUUUUAUCAAAAUUGUUUGUUUUGAAUUCCCUUAAGCUGAAGGGGAAGCUUCUGUAACUUCUGGAUCAAUCAGAUGACAAUUGUGACUAGUUCCCCUGGCAUUAGAAUCUUCAAGUUGUCAUUAGGAACGAUAAAUUAGUUGGAUUAGA